GCAGAAUCUGCUACGGUUCUAUCACUUCUCUCGGAGACAAAGAGAAUGGCAAUGUUCUGUGCAGAUUCGCUUCAUCGUGUACAUUCUUAAUGCUCAACGGUCUCCUUGCGACUGAAGAAAAUAACGGGCCAUCUCGGUCAUAUUUUCGCUCUCACACUAUUCUGCUGAUCAAUCCCUGCCCGACACGUUGGGUAGAACAUCGACCGAUAUUAUUUCCACAGACCAAGACUUCCCCCUCAUUCAACUACCAGCCUGCUCAUGCGAACAUAGAAGAGCUCAGCCCCCGACUCACCCCUCGGUGGUUGUCGCGGGGCGCACCGCUCUAUUCACCAUUUUAGGAAUAGUAGCCCUCAAUGGUCAACGGAAUGACGGUCCCAAAGUUGCAAGUCUGACCUGAAGCAAACGUGUUUCCCCUUGGUUUAUCACAUGGUUGCUAGAGCCCGUGAUGCCAUUGACUCCCUGGUCGAGAUUGCAAUGAAUCUCCAUCCCCUAGCUCGUGAGAGUAGGGUUCUUACCUGGGUCGACUCGGGAUCAAAACGCUGACAGUAGAAAUGAUUCCGUGUCCUCGGCAUAAGAGCUAGGGUUUUGCCUGCGCUCAGCACGGCCCCUUUCCUAGUGGAUUCUGUCGUUUGGCCAGAUAGGUUCAUUGCGCGUGUACCUCCUAUCAUGCAUCCUUCAAGGUCUGGGACAAAAGUGGUUCGAUCUGGGCGCAAGGAGAACGGCUAUAUUUAUCGCCAGCUUCUGGAAGUCGAUGGUUUCUUGCGGAAUCCCGCGGUGCACGUGCUUUGCAACAAACAGCCAUGCUGCUUUCAUAGGGGCGAUUACCUCUCGGCUUUGCAUUCUACCACUCUCCUCCUUUUCUGGCGACGUUCAAUGCUGAACGGGCGCGGCCAGCACGCUGCGUGCAUUGCGCGCGGCUGGCUGGACGUCAUACGCGCGCGCUGGAAACCACGUCAGAAGCAUGCUGCCCAUCCUGUUCACUGGCUGGUGAUGGUCAAGUGACCGA